CUCUCUUCCCCUUCAACUCCGCCCGUGCCUGCGCUUACUCAUCCGUCGCCGUGCGAGGUUCCAAUGGCUCUGAUGCUUUCCGUACCCGUCCCCUUCCGCAUGUUCUUGAUUCCCUUAUCGAUUCUUUCAUGCUUUUGGGUUUAAGAUUUGUGAAGAAGAACCAUCCAGUGCGUUUGAUAGCAAUCAAUCAAAGGAUGGCAAGAGUCCAAGUAUCAGCGCCAUGGUCGUGGCUUCCGUCAGAGCUCCUUGGCCUGGUGUUCCUCCACCUCCGGACGCGCGCUGACCGAGCCGUCUUCCCUGCCGUCUGCCGCGCGUGGUGCUCUGCGGCGCGGCAGUGCCACCUGCCCCAGCCGUCGCCGGUGCCAUGGAUCAUGCUUCCUGGUGGUAGUGCCACCAGCUUCCCUCGCGGUGAGACCUUCCAUCUCCCAGACGGCGCAAGCUACCACAACUCCUGUGGCGAGUGGCUGCUCCUGUCGCGCAGUGGCUAUGGCUACUUCCUGAUGAACCCCUUUACCAAAGCCACUGUGCCGCUUCCCAGCCUGUAUUCGUACAGCUACUACCGAGAGCCUGUAGAUUUCGCCGAAGACUAUAUGGUCCAAGAGAAUAACAGGCCAGGCACGUGGGGCUACAAGUGCCGUCAUGACAUAUCUGUAGUCUCGCUAGUUGUGUGCUCCACACGCCUCAUCGCUGCCAUAGUCGCUGUUGGGGAUCUUGGUACAAUUGCGCUGUGCCGACCAGGGGCUGUUGCAUGGUCAGUGAGCGCACGUGAGCAGUGCAGGUGGCUCUCACACAUGGUCUUCUUCCAAGGGAAACUCUACGCUCUAGAUAGAAACAAUGGCUCUGAGGAUCUUAUUUCCAUUGACAUUGUCGAUGAGCAUGACAACAGUGUGCCAAGGGUGUCUAGAAUUGAGCGCCUCAUUGAGGGAAUUUCCUUGCCACCCCAACAAGAUAUCAUGCGCAGGUGUUACCUUGUUGAAUCCCAUGACACACUGCUAAUGAUCCGCAGAAAACUUCCAUACAAAAGGGAGCACUGCAGAGCAAGAAGCUACAUCAUUCGUGUGGCUGGUAUUGAAGUGUUCGAGGCCAAUUUUGAGCAGCACUUGUGGACUGCGGUGAGGACUCUGGGUAAUGACCAAGCGUUGUUCCUUGGGCAAGGGUGCUCCAGAGCUGUCCGUGUGUCUCCCUAUGAUCUUUCACGGGACUGUAUCUUCUUCCUGGAUGAUUAUAUCAACUGGUAUUGGAAAUGGAAGAGAGAAACUACAUCUUGUGGAUUGUAUGACAUGAAAGAUGAGAAGAUUUAUUUGCCCUUGCCUAUGGUAUCAUGGAGGAGUAAAAUAUUGCCAGCAACCUGGAUAUUCUCACAGGGAUCGCAGGAGAAUGAGGUGGUAGCCCAACCUGAGGAGCCAGAAGUGGUGGUGCAGGAGGCCACCGAGGAAGAAGAGCAAGAAGAGGAACUGCAGGAGUGCCCGGAUCAUCAUCCUAGCUCAUUUGAGAAAGAUGGUCAAAUGUACUAUGGGUAUUGCAUUAACUGUCUCUACCCAGUUAUAGGUGAUGCAUAGACCAAGGGCGUGAUCACUCUAUCUUAUCUUUUGCUGUUGUAGUGGAUCAAACUUUGACACUGUAAUCGAACUAAGUGUGUGUGGUUUUAAAACUAUUUGCUUUUGCUAUCACUUUAAGACUUGGUAUUGUAAUAACUCUCUGAUGUAAUCGAUUUAUCUGUGAACUUUGUGUAACUUAUGGACAACGAUCGGUUGAAAAGUUUGAGAUCCUUCAAGAUUUUAUGGACUUAAGUCCAA